AUGCUAGGCCAUAACAGGGCACUGGCCACAUGGUGGGACAAUGCUGCUUAUUUUGAUUGCAGAUCACCUGUAGUGAUAACAACAAGUCCAGGCCUUGCCUUUCCUAAGGUUCCAUUUACUGACAAGACUGGGCACUUAAAGUAUGCUGCAAGAGUAAUUUCAAGUGUGCUAAAGUUCAAGGACCUUCUAGAUAUGGAGGCUUUUCCUGUAGAUACAAUGGGGAAAAGUCCAUUAUGCAUGGCUCAGUACUUGAAGUUACUUUGUUCCUGUCGAAUUCCUCAGCCAAUCAGAGAUGAAGUGUUUGUGGCUCCCAAAGGAACGGCGAAGCAUGUAUUAGUUGCUCACAAAAACCAGUUUUACGUCUUGAAUGUGUUUGAUGGAAGCCGGCUUCUCAGUGAAGGAGAGUUGGUUACUCAGUUGGAGAAGAUAUUAAACAACAGUGAACCUCAGGAAGAACCUGUUGGAAUCCUAACCACUGCUGACCGAACAGUUUGGGCAAAACAGCGAAAGAGACUGUUGAAAGAUCGUCACAACAAGGCCAACCUGGAAGCUGUAGAGAAGGCAAUCUUCCUUCUUUGUUUAGACCAGCCUCCCCCACACUCCACCCAAUCUCCUAGUGUCAUGGAGAUGCCAACCUCGUCUGUUACAGCCAGACAGUGCAUGCAUGGAGAUGGUACAGAAUACAACAGCUGCAACAGAUGGUUUGAUAAAAUCGUUCAGAUCUGUGUGAGUGAGGAUGGACAUGCUGGAAUGUGUUAUGAACACUCUGCGGCAGAAGGUCCUCCUGUGGCUUCUCUUUGUAAUUAUAUACUUGAAAACCUGGAUGGUCACUACGAAAUAAAACCAUCAGAAGGAAACCAUUUAGAAACUCCAUCCAAGUUGACAUGGAACUUGACCAAUAAAGUAAAGGAAGUCAUCCAGCAGUCAGCUGCUGACCUGGACAGCAUGGUCAGUGACAUUGACCUGAGGUGUUUUGUUUAUACUGGGUAUGGUAAAGAUUUUGUCAAAAAGCAAAAGAUGAGUCCAGAUGCUUGGAUACAAAUGGCAUACCAGUUGACAUUUUACAGACUUCACAAUCACAAUCCUCCAACAUAUGAAACUGGUUCUACUCGAAAGUUCCUCCUUGGAAGAACGGAUACCAUUCGCUCGGCGUCCAUUGCCUCCUCUGAGUUUGUCAAGGCCAUGGUCUCACCAAAUAAAACUAAUGCUGAAAAACUGGACUUGAUGCAGAAGGCGAUAUCAGCACAUGCAACAUACACUAAAGAGGCGGUCAAUGGUCAAGCUAUCGACAGACACUUGUUAGGAAUGAAGUUAGCGGCCAUAGAAUCACGAAUGAACCUCCCCGAACUUUUUAUGGAUAGCUCGUACCAGUACGCCUUACACUACAAACUCUCAACAAGCCAGGUUCCUUCAAAUUACGAGCUGUUUUUAUCGUUCGGCCCAGCAGUACCUGAUGGUUAUGGAGUCUGUUACAAUCCUCAGAAGAACAAGAUCAUAUUUGGCGUGAGCAGCGUGAACAGCAACCCUGAGACAAAUCCAGGCCACUUUGCUGCUUAUCUACAAAGAAGCUUGGAUGAAAUGCGACUGCUAGUAACAAAUGCUAGACUCUGAUCUGCUUUAUAGCGCUUUCAUAAAAUGCAGCUCUGUAAGAUUCGAACGCUAGACCGGCUCUGAUGUGCUUUGCAGCACUUAGAUGCUGCUGCAAGUAUGCUGCAAGUUACAAAUGGUAGAUUCUAAUGUGCUUUAUAGCAGUAAGGUGAAAUGCAACUGCUAGUUACAAAUGCCGGACUCUGCUGUGUUUUUUUACAGUGAUAGAUCGAAUAUGUAAACUCCACUACACAAGCUAAGACUUAAGUAUUUUUUUUAAAUUUUGUUCACGAACACCAAGAUUGAAUUGUUAAAAAGUUAAGUUAUGCUGAUUAUGAAUGUAAUUCAAGUUGUUACAUCGCGAGCCUUAAAAAGAUGAUUUGGUGUUGCAUUGAACAAAGAUGUCGCGGCAUGUUUAUAAAUAAAAUAUAACAAUAGAGCAGU